CGAACGGAGACUAGUUGUCAACUGUCAAUCGUGUCUAAUCGAUAAAAAAACGUGAAGAGGUUAUAAAAAUGUGAGAAUGUCUAUAAUCUAAAUAUUUUCUAGUAAAGUGAAUAAAAUAAUCCGUGAAAAUGUUGUACGAUGAAUUUAAACCGAUUGUUGAUCUCGUAUUGAACAACUGGACUGCGUUGCAGCUUGCCGUCGAACAUGGAAUGGGAGCUCCUGGAGGCGAAAAGACUGCACAGUUAAUGUCAGUGUACAUAGCAAGGUACUGUGUUGAGAACGUUGUGGACCGGGAUGAGCUUACUGAAGUAAUUGAGGAUCUCAUGGAUGAGGAGUUUGAGACUGUCUGUCAUGAUGACUCGCCUAAAGAAAUAGCAGUAUUACUCCUCCAGUUUCUAAAUCUAUUGCGGGAAGGGCGACAUGACGAGUGCCGAGCUAGACUUGACGCCAUGCCUAAAUGUCAAAUAUGGCUGAGCCAGCCUAUACACGAAUCUGUUCCCCCACAAUGCCACGGCAACCCAGACGAUGACUCGACAUCCAGUAGUGGGGAAGACGAAGGAGACACUCCCUAUGUCAACGGUACUUCCAAUCCCCCAGCCACAUCAUCAAAUACUUCAAAUGCAGCACCAGAACCUAUGGACGAAGAUGUUGACCCUGGUUGGACAGUGGUGCGUUCAAGAAGAAAGCAUUGAACAAUAAUAUGUGCCUGGUUUCUAUAAACGAGAAAAUUAUUUGUGUUACAGGUGGUAGUUUUUAGACAUAAAUCAUACAAUAAAGGUCAAAAAACUGCCAUCUAUAAGCAAUUUCACUGUUUCUUGUUUAAAGGGACUGCUAUUAGUUGAUAAAUUUGUUUGGUUUGAGCUGCUCAGUUUCCGAAAAAACAUAUCUAAUAGUUGGUCGAUGAUUUUACUGUAUAAAAAUGUAUACUAUAGAAUUUCUACCAUUGUGUAUUUGAAUGUUUCUUGUUGAUCUGUACUAAAUUAUAGACUCUAAAAUAGUGUACCUAUUUCUAUCAUUAUUCUCACUUAUCAAAUUUAGAUGACAAUACUAUAGAAUAGGUUUAGGGACUCAAUAAAAAACAUUGUCGAAAUUAACUAUUAUAUACUAAUAAACUUCAAUGUGUCAUGAGCAGCUCAAAUAAGAAAAAAUUGUGUGAGAUGUGAUUAUAACGUUUUAAGGGUUGAUUCGAUACAAGGGAUGCGAGUUAUUUACUGAAAUAAUUGUUACAUUACAGCACACGUGUUAACAGUAGCAAAUGUAGUAUUAUAAUGAAAAAUACUAGGACUGUUACUUGCUUCUAAUUUUUCGUGAAUAUCAAUACAUUGGUUUGAGUACUGUUAUAAGUACUAAUAUCGAUAUUUUUUGUUAGUAUCGUCCCAACCUAAUGCUACGGUCACACGCGCGGCAUGCAGCCCGUCCCGGGCCGGCGGACAUUCAAGCAGUUCACACGCCCGCCGAUGUAUCAGACAGUUCAAGAAUGGCGAGCAGCGAGGAUCUCGGUGUUGUAGCUGCCAUAUCCUUUGCCUUAACUUAUUUUUAUUGGAAAAAGAAACAAAAUGAUGAACGACGUUGACCAUUCCGCCAUGUUGUAAUCUCAGAUCGUAGCGACUUUCUUAGCAACGUUGAAUGAAGAUCCAUUCAACGCGAAAGUGCAGGAGAGACUGACUGCGCGAGUGUAAACAGUCGCCGGGCGCUCAUUCAUCCUUUGAACUUUGCCAAAAAACCGACACUUGCCCGAUUCGCAGCAUUCACGUUCACAGGCGCGUUCACGGGCUCGGGCGUACCGUUUACAUGGUCGUGAACGUGAAUGUGCUCGUUGAAUGUAGAGUUGAACGCGCGCUUGUGAACGUAGCACUAGAUGUAGGGCCCUGAUAUUUGAAUGUAUCAUAAAUCUUGUAUCUAUGCUAGUUACAAAAAUCCCAUUCCCCAUAUACUGUUUCCCUGAACUUUUCUUCCACAAUCUUAGGUACUUACCUACUAAAUUAUGGUGUAAGAUUUUCUUGCAAUAUUUUAGUGGCAAUUAGCUGGCCUAAUUAUGUACUUCCUUCGUUUAUAAUGUUACUAUCGUAAUAAAAUAGUUGAAUGUUUACAUCAAUUUAUAAAUAAAAUUGUGUAGUUCUCCGGCACAAAAUAGGCGGUGAUAUACGAUAUUUAUCAAUUACAUUACGGUGUAUCACGGGACAUCCAUCUUUGAGAAACACUCCUUUAAUAGCCGCUAUUCCGACGAGUUAGUACUCCAUUUACUGUGUACUCUAUGACAUUUAACUGUAAAGUAGAAAUUAAUAAUUCUACACCAUAUACAUAGUGAGAAUUUUAGGAUGUAUGUACGAAUGUACGUUGUAACGACACUGUAUUUAUAUUUUUGUCUAAUAAAUAUGUAUAUAAAUGUUGAA